AUGGUCUUACUCGCUGCAUCUAUUUGUACGAAGGCUGGCAAACCACUUGUCUCGCGACAAUUCGUGGAAAUGACACGAUCGCGUAUCGAAGGUUUACUUGCUGCGUUUCCAAAAUUAAUCGGCGCAGGUAAACAACAUACGUUCGUGGAAACCGAUACUGUUCGUUACGUCUAUCAACCAUUCGACAAACUCUACAUGGUUUUAUUAACAACAAAAGCAAGCAAUAUCUUAGAAGAUUUGGAAACAUUAAGAUUGUUUUCUCGUGUGAUUCCGGAGUAUUGUAAAACGGUCGAUGAAAAAGAAGUGUUUCAACAUGCAUUCGAGUUAUUAUCUGCAUUCGAUGAAAUAGUUGCAUUGGGCUACAAGGAAAAUGUGAAUUUAGCACAAAUUCGUACAUUUACAGAAAUGGAUUCCCAUGAUGAACGCGUUCAUGACGCAAUGAGAAAGACUCAAGAACAAGAAGCCAAGGAUCGAAUGAAGCAGAAGGCGAAAGAAUUCGAAUUGCAACGACGUGCUCAACAACGUCUCGGCGGGCCAAAAACAUACGGAAGUUCAUCUGGCAUAUCAUCAAACAUGUAUAGUAGCUCAUCGAAUGAUUCAAAACCUGACAUCACACCCACGCCAGUGACAUUCCCAAGUAGUGGACCAACUACGAGUCGUUCCGGUACAACUGUAGGUGGUGGAAGAGGUAUGGUAUUGGGUAAAAAGGGCAAAAAUGUUGAAGAAUUUGUCAAUCAAUUGAAAUCCGAGGGAGAAGUGGUGGCAAAUACCGUACCCGUAACAACAGGUGCUGGUGGAGCAACGGGGAAAGCAAAAACACAGAGUGUCUCAAUCGCUGACUCACAGAAGGGAGAUGUUCAUUUGAAACAAGAAGAGAAGUUAACGGUCCGGUGUGGUCGUAAUGGUGGCGUAGAAAAUCUCGAAGUACAGGGCAUGAUUAUGUUACGUGUCAAAUCAGAGGAUUGUGGCCGUAUUACUGUCGCUAUUGACAACAAAGAAUCGCGUGGUGUUCAAUUACAAACUCACCCGAAUAUUGAUAAGAAGCUAUUUACAAACGACUCGUUGAUUGGCUUGAAAAAUUCCGAUCGGCCCUUUCCUGCUAAUCAAGAAGUGGGUGUACUCAAAUGGCGUUAUACAUCAACUGAUGAUAGUGAAAUUCCAUUGACAAUUAAUUGCUGGCCAAACGAAACACCGAAUGGUGGAUGCGACGUGAAUAUUGAAUACGAAUUACAAAAUAAGAACCUAGUUUUAAAAGAUGUUCAAAUUAGCGUUCCAUUGCCGGGUGGUGGACAAACGCCAGUUAUUGAUAAAAUCGAUGGCGACUAUCAAUUCGAUAGUCGAAAAACAACAUUAAUUUGGACAUUGCCCGUCAUCGAUCAAUCGAAUUCGGAAGGUUCCUUAGAAUUUUCUGUUCGUGGCAAAGCAAGCGAUUUCUUUCCAAUUCAAGUUGAUUUCGUUUCUGAAACACCAUUCUGUAACAUCAAAAUUGCUGGCGUUCGAUCUGUUGUUAAUCGAGAAUCCGUUGCGUACUCAAGUGAAACAAAUCUCCUCGUCGAUAAAUAUGAAUAUGUUUAA